CCAAUUAGCAGCUCAGCUACAGAAACAAGGACUUCUGAUUUACAUACUUCCAGUUCCUAUAUUUCAAUGACAUCCGUCAGAGGUGAAAAGAGGACAUUAAGGUCUCUAACCUACAGCAGCACCUUGCCUGAUGUGGCAGACAGCUCCACUUCUUACUUAGAAAAUACCAAGUCUUCAGAUUUACCCCAGCCCUCGUCUCCUGUAGGACAGGCUGGAAGAGGUAAUAUGUCAUCAAGUGACUUCACUGAGCCUUCCACAGAGUCUUUGUUUACACAUUCUUCCAAGAUCCCAAGUUCUUCGUCUUCCCCAAAUGAUCUUGCAGCCAUGGAAAGUAGCCACCAACCAAUUAACAUCUCAGCUACAGAGAAAAGGACUUCUGAUUUGCAUACCACCAGUACUUACAUUUCAACAGCAUUCACCAGAAGUGGAGAAAAGAUGUUCAGGUCCCUAACAAACAGCAGCACGUCACCUGAUGCAACAGAAAGCUCUACUUCUAACUUAGGAAAUACCGAGUCUUCAGAUUUACCCUGGCCCUCAUCGCCUGUAGCAGAGACUGGAGGAAGUAAUAUCUCAUCAAGUGACUUCACUAAGCCUUCGACCGAGCCUUUGCUUACAUAUUCUCCCAAGAUCCCAUCUCCUUCGUCUUCAUCAAAUGAUCUCGCUGGAGUUGGAAGUAGCCAUCAAUCGGUUACAAUUUCAGAUAGAGAAAAAGAGAUUUCCAGUUCUCCUACUCAUAGUACGUACGUGUCAACAACAUUCACCAGAGGUGGGGAGAGGACAUCCCAAUCUCAAACUUACAGCAGCACAUCGACUGCGGCAACAGAAAUCUCCACUCAUAAUAUAGACACGGCCGAGUCUUCAGAUUCAACCCAGUUCUUAUCUUCUGUAUCACAGGCUGGAGGUUUCAAUAUCUCAUCAAGUGAUGCCGAUUUCAUGGAGCCUUCCACCGAGCCUUUGCUUACUGAUUCUUCCAAGAGCUCAACGUUGUCUUUACCAAAUGAUACACCCUCCGUUGGAAGUAGCCAUCAGUCUCUUAGCAGCUCAAAAACAGAAAAAAGAAUUUCCAGUCCUUAUACUGACAGUAUGUACAGUUCAGCUACGUUAACCGGAGGUGGAGAAAGGAUGUCACAAUCUCUGACAAAUAGCACAUCUACCCAUACAACAGAAAGCUCCACUUCAGAUACAGAAAUUGCCAAUUCCUCAGAAUUAAUUCACUCAUCUUCAAUGGCACAGACUAGAGGGACGAGUAUCUCAGCAAAUGAUAUGGGUUUCACUGGGUCUUCAACUGAGACUUUCUUUAUACGUUCUUCCAAGAUACCAACUUACUCUUCUUUCCAAAAUGAUCCUUCAAGCAUUGCAAGUAGCCAUCAACCAGUUAGCAGCAUCGACACCGAGAAAAGAACCUCUGUUUCUCGCACUGACAGCAUGUACAUUCAAACCACAUUCAGUAGAGGCGGUGACAGGACAUUACUAUCUAUAUCAAAUAACAGCACCUCUGCCGAAUCAUCAGAAAGUUCCACUUUUUAUGCAGAAAUUUCCAACUCUUCAGAUUUAGCACAAUCCUCAUCUUUUAUGGCUCAGAGCAGAGGAAGUAACGUGUCAUCAACUGAUGGGGAUUUAAUUGCUCCAUCUACGGAGCCUUUGCUUGUACAUUCUUCCAAAAUGCCAACUUACUCUUCUACAGUCAAUCUACAAAAUGCAACUCUGUUUUUCACUGGCACUGAAUCGUCACCAACUGGUAGCUCAUCAUUAUCUUCAUCGGUAUUUCCAUCCUCUUCCUCGGUGUCAUCAUUACAUCACUUGCUUUCAUCAACGCCAUCGCCACCUCAUUCAUUUGCAUCAUCAGAGUCAUCUCUACCAUCCUCUUCAUCAGUGAUACCAUCGUCAUCACCACCACCAUCUUUGUCAUCAUCUUUAUCCACCUCCUCAUCAGUUGCAUCAUUUCCUGUAUUAACAUCCUUGUUACCUUCAUUUUCUUCAGCAUCUUCACCAUCACAGGCUGGUGACAGUUUUCAAACCAGCAGGUCCAGGGUUACAUCAGGAGGGACAGACAGAAUGGAGCCAUCGACUGCUGUGUUCUCUGGGAGUACACCCAGACAGUACAGCAAUCACAGCAGACCACACCAGUUGAAAGAGAGCACUAGUGUCAAAACCACAGGACCACUUCCUCUUCAGACUGAAUCUAUGGAACAGCUCAGCAGUCACUCUUCAUCCACAUCAGCUUCCGCACUUGUAACAGAGAGCUCCACAGGAGGAACCUUCACUUCCAGUGGGGACCAUUUUGAAAAGACCUCUUUGCUUCUAACAACAGCUUCUCCAAGUCUGAGCAAGGAUACCCAACACACUGAGAUGGCAAAAGCAUCGACCAGUAUCUUGCCAAAUAUGACAAGUCAAAGGGAUGUGUUCCCUGCAGUGGAAUUAAAAACAGAGAAAACAGUUACACUGUCAACAGCCAUGAUUUUUGGGCCACAGCGUUCUGUGCCAACUACAGAUCAUUCUAUUACUACGAAAACUCGCAGAGUUCAAACUGCUGCUACCACGACACUGGCCUACAUAACUGGAGUAACUACAAAAUCAAUGGAAACUAGCACUGCAACUAGCAUUAAAAUCACCGAAGAAAAUAUCCCAGCUACACAUCCUUCCAAAACAUCUUCCCCGAGCAAAACCACUGCAGGGUUUUCCACCACUUCGGCAGCAGCUACCAAACCAACUACUGUUGCUCUGUUCAGUCGCACAAGGGCAUUAGUAACUACUUCUCAUACAACAGUCAAUGUCUGCUCCACAAACCCUUGUCUGCAUGAUGGAAAAUGCGUUAUUAAUGGUGUUACGGGCAAAUAUCAGUGCAAGUGUUCACCAGCCUGGCAAGGAGAAGACUGCAGUGAAGACGUGGAUGAAUGUCUUUCUAAUCCAUGCCCAGAUUUCACCACAUGUAAUAAUACUCAGGGCUCCUAUGACUGCAAAUGUCCUCUUGGAUACUGGCUAGAAAAAGGAAAAUGCAAUUUAGUAAGAACAUUUGUUGAUCAAGUUGCACUGAAACUGAACACUACUCAUGGGAAUUAUUCUGAACUCCAUCGAAUUGAAGAUGAAAUAACAACAAUGCUGAACAUGUCCCUUUCAACGUUACCUGGCUAUUACAACUCAGUAGUUAAAGCUGCAAGGGUGUCCAAUUCUGUCCUAGUUUCAGUCCAAACCACCUUUUCUUUAGCAUCCAAUGUGACGCUGAUUGACAUUGUUAGCAGUGUACGAAGCUACAUUAGCGCUUGCAAAACUCCUGCUGAAACCUGCCAGUUCAUCUCCAACUUUAGGCUGCUCCACAGAGUUGGCGGUUUGUGCAGCCAGAAGGACCCUGAAUGCGACAGAGAAACUUCGGAAUGCACCGACAGAGAUGGCAUUGCAGUCUGUCAGUGCAAGAGUGGAUACUUUAAAUACGAGAAGAUAGAUCAUUCCUGCAGAGCUUGCAAAGAUGGAUUUAGGCUUGAAAAUGAGACCUGUGUGAGGUGCCCGUUCGGCUUGGGGGGAUUGAACUGUGGAAACCCAUAUCAGCUAAUCACCGUGGUGAUUGCAGCUGCAGGAGGGGGACUUCUGCUUAUCCUGGUGAUAGCACUGAUCAUCACUUGCUGCCGGAAGAAUAAAAAUGACAUAAGUAAACUCAUCUUCAAGAGUGGGGAUUUCCAAAUGUCACCGUAUGCCGAGUACCCCAAGAAUCCUCGAGCACAGGAGUGGGGCAGAGAGACCAUAGAAAUGCAAGAAAAUGGAAGCACUAAAAACCUGCUGCAGAUGACGGAUGUAUAUUAUUCGCCGACUGGUCUAAGAAACGCUGAACUGGAAAGAAAUGGACUUUAUCCUCCCUACACUGGUUUACCUGGAUCCAGACAUUCAUGCAUCUACCCUGGACAAUAUAACCUAUCCUUUAUUAGUGAUGAAACUAGAAGAAGAGACUAUUUUUAACAUAAUUGUGUGGGAGUGGAAGAUCAACAUAGAUAGGUGUCCUUGUUUACCAGGUACACUCUGUCGCAUGACAGUUCAGCUGAUACCAGUCUUAAUCUUCACAUACAGGAAGGACUUUGAACUCAAAAGAACACAGAGCACUGCUGCCUUGAAAACCCAUUUGUAGUUGUUGAGUAGCAAAGGUGGAGGGGAAGAAUGAGCCAAUAUGCAGAUCUGUAAAAGAUCCGGGUGGAAGUUUAUGGAAGUGAACUUGUGCACACCACUUUUAUCUUCACCAUUGACGUCACAUAACAUGAAUUUGUUAAUAGAUCAGUACAGACAAACUAAUUGUUGCCUGCAUUCUAAAAUUAAUACCACUAGGGAGUGUUUUGUUUACAGAUAUUGUAAAAUUACAGAUAUUGGUCUGACUACUGUGUGUUUCCUCUUGGCCAACUUUUAUGCAAGAUACACUGUGUGCUCUUUUUGGGUAGGAAGUGUAUGUUCAUUCCAGACCCUUCUCUGCCUUUCCAUGUUAUGAUCUGAUUCCUAUGCAACAAGGGAGCAGGAUUGCCCACUAAAUAUUAUUUUUUUUAUUGGUAUGUGUCAUUCUGUCAAAUGUCUCAGCGCUUAACUAAGCAUUCCAUCUGGCAAUGAUGGCUGAAUUCACAGGUUGACAUUUUCAAAGGAGUAUAGGGGAUUUAGCCAUGCCUCCUUAAUUUUAAUGGGAAAAGGUAUAACUGAUGCCUUGCACUGCUUUGAAAAUCUCCUUUGUGUUUGGAAAUGUCUGAAUGUGACAGUGUAUUGCCCACUGAUCUGCAAUGUUAUUCAAAACUUGUGUUAUUAUAUUGUGGUAAGUCACCAUAGCAACCUCCAGUAGGGAUUUAAAUGCGUUUUAAAAGCAGCAAGUUCAGAUAUAGUAUUCAUUAAUGGAGCAAUAAAUUACAAGAUAAAAUUGUUGAGGUAGAUCGCAUUGCUUUGCAGAAAAUGUGUGUAGCCAUAAUGAACUUCAGGGAGAAAGUGACCAAGAACAGAAGUAUUAUAGCCCUGGUUGGACUGAUGUACCAUGAAUUUUAGACUUUGCAUUGGAUCCAGACAGCCACAGCUCCCCUGAUUUCAAUGGGCACUGCAGAGCUACUCAGCACAUCAGAAAAUCAGGCCUGUUGUGGCCAGAUGCAUUUGACUGUGGGAGAAGCACAAGGCUUUGGAUCACAAAAAAACUGUUAAGGACUUCCAGCUGUCUUCUCUGUGUCAGUCCUUUUAGCUGGCAGUUUGCACUGGAUUGACAGUUAGUCACUGCAAAUGGAGCUGGUCGGGAAUUUGUGACAUUUU